AUGGACCUUCCAGUGCUGCUCGUUCUCGUAUCAUUAUCCGUUCUCGUCUUCGUGCAGGCCACACGACGCCGUCGUAUGCGGCUGCCUUAUCCUCCGGGCCCCCCUGCAGAUCCUCUCAUCGGACACCUAAGAAUGAUGCCAGACAGUGACGUUGCUCCGGAGGUCUUUCACGGCUGGGCCAAGCAGUACGGCGACGUCAUGUCGCUGAAUGUUCUCGGGAAGCCGCUGUUAAUCCUCAGCAGCGAGGAGGCGGCCAUGGACUUGCUUGACAAGCGCAGCUUGACGUAUUCUGACCGCCCAAGCUUUCCUAUGCUUGAAAGACUCGGGUGGAAAGAUGUGCUCGUGUUCGUACCAUACGGCCAAUACUUCAAAAAAUUGCGCAAAAUGAUCCAGGUGCCUUUUGAGAAGGAGAAGGUGUCCACAUUCAGGUCUAUCGAAGAGCAGGAAGCGUGUGUUUUGCUAUACAAUCUUCUCAAUGAUCCUGUGGGAAUGGAUCGCUAUGUUCAUCGCUAUUCGUCUGCAAUCAUACUGGAGAUCUCCUACGGCCAUCGCGUUCUCUCAAACGAUGACGAGUACUUCAAGGCUGCCGAAAUCAUCCUUCACGUAUUGCACGAUGUUAGUCGGCCGUCGCUACUUGAUGUGUCUCCUAUAUUUGAGAAGCUGCCCGCAUGGUUCCCAGGUGCUUGGUUCGUAAAAUAUAUACGGGAAACAAAGCCGGUGGUUUUGCACAACAUACAAAUGCCGGUAGCCGACGUGCAAAAGCAGCUGGUUGCUGGUACUGCCAAACAGUCGUUCGUGUCGCAGCACCUAGAAGAUCUUACAAGGGAAGGUCAACUUACACCGGAGAGCCUGUACGACUUGAGCAUGGUGGCGCACAUGAUAUUUGGGGGCGGGUCGGAGACGUCCUGGCACACCAUAAUGACAUUUAUCGCAUGUAUGCUCACAAACCCUGACAUCCAACGCAAAGCCCAGGAAGAGAUUGACAGAGUGGUUGGAAACAGCCGUCUCCCUGACUUCACCGACCGGGAUUCGCUGCCCUACAUUGAAUGUAUCGCCCAGGAGACCAUGAGAUGGCACCCUGUAGCUCCUCUCGGCGUCCCUCAUAAAGCAACAGAAGACGACGAGUACCGCGGAAUGUACAUCCCAAAGGGCACUACCAUCAUGGCCAACGCCAGGAGCAUCACUUGGGACGAGCGUCACUUCCACGACCCUCUGACCUUCAAGCCAGAGCGAUUCCUGCCCAAGCCCGAAGGUGCGGGAGAGGUGUUUCCUCAGGGUGGCAUCUUCGGGUGGGGCCGACGCAUCUGCCCCGGCCGCUACCUAGCUGACAACAUGGUGUGGAUUGCCGUGGUCAAUAUCCUGGCUGCGUUUGAUGUCAGGAAGACCAAGGACGCCGAUGGAAACAUUAUCGAGCCUCAGAUCGAGUUCAUCACCUCGAUAACAAGCCAUCCCAAGCCCUUCCUUUGCGACCUAAAGCCACGCUCAGAAAACGCUGCGAAGCUCAUCAGGCAGGCAUACGAUAUGCAUAUGGCCAACGUCGCGACUUCGUAG